GGUGGCUCCCCCGGCCGCCUCUCUCCGCCCCGGGUCGCUGUUGCCUUGGCCGUUUUCGGGCUCAGCGGCCUGAAGAAAAAAAGAGAAAAAGAUAAAAAAAACCUGAAAACGCUUCAAAAUCUUAAAAAAAAAAAAAGGAAAAGAAAAAGCGAAUCCUCCUUGGAGAACCCGCGGGGAAGUCACUUUUGCACGCUUCCGGCCUGCCCCGCGCCCGCCGCCGCCGCGCGUGGCGUCCGUCGGUCUGCGUCUGUCGGUCCCCGGCUUCAAGCCAAGACAGCUGAAAAUUACAAACUCCCAGGGAGGGCCAUAUUGUUUUUGAGAGCCUUUUGUCUGAGGUGUUGCAGUCCCGUGUGCGCUGUCCCUGAACUCCUGGUUUCCGUCCUGCCUCUGAGCCUGCCUACUCCAGCUUGUCUACGCUUCGCUCUUUGCCACCUGUGAGCCGCGGCGCGGGCCCCGGCUCCGAGAAGAGCCCCUUUUGUCCUGCGGUGGGCCCUAUAAGAAGUCCUCCUGGCGGGGCUCGGGGUGGUGGGGGGUGGGGAGAUGAACGCUGCGGCCAGCAGCUACCCCAUGGCCUCCCUCUACGUGGGUGACUUGCACUCGGACGUCACCGAGGCCAUGCUGUAUGAAAAGUUCAGCCCUGCGGGGCCUGUGCUGUCCAUCCGGGUCUGCCGCGAUAUGAUCACCCGCCGCUCCCUGGGUUAUGCCUACGUCAACUUCCAGCAGCCAGCUGACGCUGAAAGGGCCUUGGACACCAUGAACUUUGAUGUGAUUAAGGGAAAGCCAAUCCGUAUCAUGUGGUCUCAGAGAGAUCCCUCUUUGAGAAAAUCUGGUGUGGGAAACGUCUUCAUCAAGAACCUGGACAAAUCUAUAGAUAACAAGGCACUUUAUGAUACUUUUUCUGCUUUUGGAAACAUUCUGUCCUGCAAGGUGGUGUGUGAUGAGAACGGCUCUAAGGGUUAUGCCUUUGUCCACUUCGAGACCCAAGAGGCUGCCGACAAGGCCAUCGAGAAGAUGAAUGGCAUGCUCCUCAAUGACCGCAAAGUGUUUGUGGGCAGAUUCAAGUCUCGCAAAGAGCGAGAAGCUGAGCUUGGAGCCAAAGCCAAGGAAUUCACCAACGUUUAUAUCAAAAACUUUGGAGAAGAGGUGGAUGAUGAGAGCCUGAAAGAGCUAUUUAGCCAGUUUGGUAAGACCCUAAGUGUCAAGGUGAUGAGAGAUCCCAGUGGGAAAUCCAAAGGCUUUGGCUUUGUGAGUUACGAAAAACAUGAGGAUGCCAAUAAGGCCGUGGAAGAGAUGAAUGGAAAAGAAAUCAGUGGGAAAGUCAUAUUUGUAGGCCGUGCACAGAAGAAAGUAGAACGGCAGGCAGAGUUAAAACGGAAAUUUGAGCAGCUGAAACAGGAGAGAAUUAGUCGAUACCAGGGGGUGAAUCUCUACAUUAAGAACUUGGAUGACACUAUUGAUGAUGAGAAAUUAAGGAAAGAGUUUUCUCCUUUUGGAUCAAUCACCAGUGCUAAGGUAAUGCUGGAGGAUGGAAGAAGCAAAGGAUUUGGCUUCGUCUGCUUCUCAUCUCCUGAAGAGGCAACCAAAGCAGUCACUGAAAUGAAUGGACGCAUCGUGGGCUCUAAACCACUAUAUGUUGCCCUGGCACAGAGGAAGGAAGAAAGAAAGGCUCACCUGACCAACCAGUAUAUGCAGCGGGUGGCUGGAAUGAGAGCACUCCCUGCAAAUGCUAUCUUAAAUCAAUUCCAGCCUGCAGCUGGUGGCUACUUUGUGCCAGCAGUCCCACAGGCUCAGGGAAGGCCUCCCUAUUACACACCUAACCAGUUAGCACAGAUGAGGCCUAAUCCACGCUGGCAGCAAGGUGGGAGACCUCAAGGCUUCCAAGGAAUGCCAAGUGCUAUACGCCAGUCUGGGCCUCGUCCAACUCUACGCCAUCUGGCUCCAACUGGUAAUGCUCCGGCCUCUCGUGGCCUCCCUACUACCACUCAGAGAGUCGGGUCUGAGUGCCCGGACCGCUUGGCUAUGGACUUUGGUGGGGCUGGUGCCGCCCAGCAAGGGCUGACUGACAGCUGCCAGUCUGGAGGCGUUCCCACAGCUGUGCAGAACUUAGCGCCUCGUGCCACUGUUGCUGCUACUGCUCCUCGGGCUGUUGCACCAUAUAAAUAUGCCUCCAGUGUCCGCAGCCCACAUCCUGCCAUACAGCCUCUGCAGGCACCCCAGCCUGCAGUCCAUGUGCAGGGGCAGGAGCCCCUUACUGCCUCCAUGCUGGCUGCAGCACCCCCCCAGGAACAGAAGCAGAUGCUGGGAGAACGUUUGUUCCCACUCAUCCAAACAAUGCAUUCAAACCUGGCUGGGAAGAUUACAGGAAUGCUGUUGGAAAUUGAUAAUUCUGAGCUGCUGCACAUGCUGGAGUCCCCUGAGUCUCUCCGCUCAAAGGUGGAUGAAGCUGUGGCGGUUCUACAGGCUCAUCAUGCCAAGAAAGAAGCUGCCCAGAAGGAUUCAAAAGCCAAAUAACCCCUCAUGGAAUUCAGCUCAAGGUUUGAAGACUUCCUAGCUUGUCCUAUGGACCUCAACACCAAGAACUACAAAUUGCAAAUUUAAUAGGUCAUUUUGUAUCAAAAGGUCAAUUAUGAAGCGCCUAGAAUUUUUCAAUUAUACAAAUAUAUUCUUUGGGUUCUGCUGUGGCCCAGACAGUGUUAACUUUUUUUUCUAUUGUGGGUUUUGAUUUUUUUCCCCCCCCAGAAAUUGGUUUUAUUUGAUGUACCCAAGUCUUAUGUUUCUCAAUAAAGAAAAAAAA